AUGCAACAAAGGAAAGAAUUACACAAAAAGGUUUGCUCUGAAAAUGAUACAAAAGUGACGCUAGAUAUUUUUUCGAAACGAGCAACUAAUAUACCAGUUUCCUCUAGUCAUUACUUAGAUACAACUUGUAAACAACCGUCUACUUUAAAAGAAUUAGCAAUUCCCAGAAAUACAACUAAACUUCAUACUCUCGCCAAAGUGUGUGACAGAUACGGAUUAUCGGAUAGAUCUGCAGCAACAGUAGCUACAGCUUUCUUACAGGAUAUUGGUAUCGUAAAAAAAGAAAGUUCAGUACAAAUAAUAGAUAAAAAUAAGUUAAGAAAGGCCAGAGAACAUUUAAGAACUAAAAUUAUUAAAUUGAUAGACUGUGAACCUAUUACUGCAAUGUAUUAUGACGGUAGAAAAAAUAAAACAUUAUCUAGACGGAAAAUCUCGCAAAAGAACAGUAACUGA